AAGGGCCAAUCAGCUGCGAGGCGCGGGACGCUGUUUCCCUUGGCAACGGCCAACCGACGCUCGAAUCCCCCUCUCCGACAUCAUUGGCUAGGGAAGGCAGGGCUGCUACCAUGACAACGCGACCCAGCGGGAAGAAGGGAUCGUGAGAAGGAUGGAGGAGGCGGCGGAGGCCGUUGCGGCCCCGGCCGAGUCUGGCGAUGCGGCGCUGCCGGAGGCUGCCUCCACCGAGGAGGCCCCGCCGCCCAAGGGGGGCGCAGAGGAGACGCCGACGGGAGGCGGAGCCGAAGCACCGGGAGCCGAAGAGGGGGCAGCGGCGGAGGGUCCGGAGGGAGCUGCCGACCAAACCGGCGAAGUGCCAGCGGAGGGGGAGGGCAAGGCGGACGAGGGGCCCCCAGGGGGGACCGAGGGCUCCGACGGAGAGUCCCCUGUGGAAGCCCAGGAGUCCGUCGGAGGGGCCCCGGGGGAGGUUGAGGGGUCCGUCGGAGGGGCCCCGGGGGAGGCUGAAGCGCCCCCUGGCGAGGCCGAGGGAGCCGCGGAAGCUGCGCCUCCUGCCGAGGGCGUGGCGGGAGAGGAGGAUGCGGACCUGGUGCGCGCCAAAGUGUCCUUCGUGGAGGGGCUGCCCACGAGCGCCGACUUCGACGAGGGGGAGCUUUCGGAGCCGCUGCACCUGCAGGUGGGGGUGCCGCUGGGGCGCAACAUCAGCGACAGCCUGUGGGAGCUGGAGCAGCAGACGGCCCGCGAUCGGCUGGAGCCCGGCAGCAGCCCCGACAAGCGCUCGGAUGACGAGAGCGAGGAGGCGGAGCGCCUGGCCGAGGAGCAGCGGCAGCGGGCCGAGCUGGUGGAGCAGUACCGGCAGCUGGUGGUCGAGCGCUCCCGGCUCUGCCACUUCACCACUAAGCUGCAAAGCCGGCUGGCCGAGAUGCUGAACAAGGUCAAGGGCAAAGAGCGGCCCCGGGGCGAGCUGGAGCAGCACAUCUCUGACAAGGAGCAGCGCUACAGCCGCUACCUGUCCAUGCUGCAGGAGCUGCGGAGCCAGCAGCAAGAGGAGAUGGCCUGGUACCAGCAGCAGAUGGAUGCCCUCCAAGAGGCUUGCGAUAAGAAGAGGGCCAAGGUUGACGCCCAGUGGAAGGCCUUCCAGGCGGCCAAGAAGGAAGUGGCGGUCUACACUAUGGGCCGGCGUCUGGGGGGCAAGCAGGCAGCCAAACACCAGGUGGAUCAGAUCCAAGCCAGAGAGGAGAGCAAGGAAAAGGAGAUGACGGAGGUGCGUCUGGAAAACAUAAAGCUGAAACACAGGAUCUAUAAGCUUGAAGCAAGCUUAAAAGCCCAAGAGGAGUUGGCAGAGGGCCUGCAUUUAAUAGAUUUUGAGCAGCUGAAGAUAGAGAACCAGACCUACAAUGAGAAGAUUGAAGAACGCAACGAAGAGCUUUUGAAGCUCCGGAGAAAGAUCACCAACACAGUGCAAGUCCUGACUCAAGUAAAGGAAAAGCUGCAGUUUGUGGAAGCUGAGAACCAAGGCCAGAAGGCCCAGCUGAUGGCAGUGGAGGCUCUUGUAGCCCAAAAAAGAGAUAUCCUAACCAAGACAAAACAGGCGCGGGACAGGCUGCGAACAGACAACGAGAAACUUCACCAGAAAUGCGGUCUGCUUGGAGACAGAGUCUUGCUGAGGGACUAUGAAGAGAAAGUGAGUGUUGCAGAGGUCCUGAAGGAGAGGCUGGAAGUACUGAAACGUCAGCAUGCUGGACUUGCCCUCACUUGUGAAGGAAUCAAGAAGAAAAUCAGAGGGAUAAAAUCUUUUCUACCAAUCUGAAUAACUUUUGAGCUCAACGCUGAAGUUAAGUUUUUGUGUGACCAAAAGAUAUUAAACUUAUUUAUAACGUUUUUA